AUGGCCGCCCAUGGUUAUGAAGACGAACGUUUUGAAAGCCCUGUUAGUGGAAGAUUUCAUUGCUCCAUUUGCUUAAAUGUUUUCAAUGAUCCAGUUAUGUGCCGUCAAAAUCAACAUAUAUUUUGUAGAGGUUGCAUAUCCAAACAUCUUGAGAAUUAUCGAACAUGCCCUCAAUGUAAAGAUCAACUCAGUCUUGAUCAACUUUGUGUCGUUCCGCGAAUUUUAACUGAUUACCUUGAUGAAUUAAGGAUCCGUUGUGAGUUCGUCCAGCGGGGUUGUGAAGAGUUUGUUCAAUUGCAAUAUCUAAAGAAGCAUGUUGAAGAGUGUAGAUAUGCUCCUGUGUCCUGCUCGAACGAAGGGUGUCAGCGUGAAGUAAACAGACGCGAUUUAACCCACCAUGAAUUUGUGGAAUGUGAAGAGCGACAACUAAAAUGUCAUCAUUGUGAACGCUUGAGCAAAGACGUGGAUAUAUUGAAGGAAAAAGUGACGGGAAUGGAGGAAAAGUUUGAUACAGCUUGUGCAAAUGUGUAUGCCGCAGUUGAGGUGAAACUCGAUUCAUUUCAAAAGAAUUUUAAAGAGCAGCAGAAAAAUAUAGACGACUCACUUUCGUCUUUGAAAAGAAGUAAUAGUAGUAUUAAAGGUAAUCUUAAAAAGCUAAUAAAGGUCAUGGAGUCGCUUCCAAAAAAAUCGAGGGUAGAAACUGACAAUGACGAUUCUGCUUCUGAUUCAUCCUCAUCUGGACCUGAUUCUUCAUCAUCUACAUCUACUCCUUCUCGGGCUACGAGCGUCAACAUCGUACCCAGGGCUGAGG